AUGGAACCUUCAGACCGCGAAGUUACGUCUGCUGUUCACGCGCAGCGGGUUGUACGCGGUUUCCUCGGACGACUCGCAGCGAUUCGCCAAGCGAAUUUGGUGUAUGAGAAGAUCUUCGAUCCGAGGACCCACGCGUACUACUACUACAAUACCUACAGCUUCGAAACAACAUGGCAGCCACCUGCGGUGGUAACUCGUAUCCUAGGCGAGUUCGGAGACCUGGAUGCCAUAGCUCCGACGUACACGGAAGAAGAGGCGGCUGUCAUGUUGCAGGCAGCUUGGCGGCGGCGGCGAGGUAUCCGUAUGACUCGCGCUCUGUUGGCCUCCGUGGUUAGCAAGGUGUUCGAUGAAUCCACUGGUGCACACUACUACUUCAACGGUCUCAGUGGCGAGACAUCUUGGUCCAAGCCUGCCCUCUUUGGUGCCGAGGAUGUCGAGGACUACCCGUCAGCGAUGCUGCUUGCGGAAGGGCAAAACAGCGCGGAACCUUUCGGCACAGGGAGCUAUGACUACGAUCAAUCUCAGGGGUGGGUAGGACAAGAAGCUUGGACCAAAGAGCAACAGGAGCAGGAACAGCAACAUAAUCAACAACACGCGGGCGGUAGCAACGGUGAUACCAACACCGCCGAAGAGGCAGGCUACGAGGGGUGGGUAUGGGACGACACCUCCGGCUGGUACUACGACGAAGACCUGGCCACACAACUCCUCACCGGUGGCGUAGACGUCGUUUCCAAGAAAGGGUCAGAUGGCGGCAACGUUUCCGCUUCAGUGGAAGCCGAAAGCGAAAGCGAAAGCGAAAGCGACACUGACAGCGACAGUGAGGAGGAUGGUAUCGACGAGCAAGCUGGUGAGAGAAAGAAACAAAGGCGAAAACGGAGGCGUCGAAGCUUAGCCCCCAGAAACUUCCCCAGGUCGAAGGCCCAACGCUUGGUCGACGAAGCGGAGGAUAGCAUAGACGGAGCGCGGCCCGAAAUCUUGGACCUAAGCAAGUUGGACAUGGAUAGAGUUACCUCGAGGGUCUACAGGCUGGACUGGUUGCAAAGGUUGGAUCUGUCGAACAACCGACUCUACAGGAUUUCUCCCGAUCUAGCUGGCAUGGAGAGCCUUGUCGACGUUAACUUUCGGCAUAACAGAAUCCAGGCCAUUCCAGACGAAUUGGAAGCGCUGACGAAGCUCAAGCACCUGCAACUGGGGCACAACCUAAUUUCCGGCUUCAGAGGCAAUAUCUACCUCAUCAGCUCGCUAGAGACCCUCGAUCUGGGGCACAACAGGCUGAAGGAGGUACCGCUCCAAGUAGGAGACUUGCAGCUGCUCAAGAGGACGCGCGAGUGGGAGAUCGGCCUCCGUCUCCUCCGGGAACUGGUGACUCUCGACGUGAGCUACAACCGCCUCAAGACGUGGCCGCCGCAAGUGGAAGAGUGCAGGAACUUGCGGGACUUGCGUCUAGACCACAACAAGCUUCAAGAGGUACCCGCCAUCGUUGGGGACAACACAGCACUCACGAACCUCAACCUUAGCGGCAACAGCCUCAAAGGCCUUCCACACACCAUCAAUUCCCUCUCGGCUUUGGCCCGCCUCGACCUCUCCGACAACAAGCUCAAAACCCACUCCAUCCUUCCCGUGGGAAGGAAACAAAAGGGGCCGCGCCUAGUAUCCCUGGAGGUGUUGCGAUUGGACGGUAACCGUCUCACGGAGAGACCGGACAUGGUGGAAACAUUCAAGACGCUCACAGAACUAGAUGUGUCCAACAAUCCCAUCAAAAACUGGAGCCUCGAUGUGUCCAACCUCCGCAAGAUGAAACACCUGCGACUGAGGGGCGUUGGUCUGGACCGAUGCCCAGAAGGGAUAGGGCAUCUGAACAAGCUGGAAAGUCUCGACUUCUCCGAAAACCACAUCGAUACUCUCGAUCAAUCAAUGGCCGCUUUGUUCAAGCUGAAAAAGCUGGGCCUCAGGGGCAACAACAUCCGGGAUCUAGGGUCUUGCGUUGGUAGCAUGAUCUCCCUGACGUCUCUCGACGCGGGUGGGAACAAUCUGGAGCUGAUUUCUCCCGAGCUGUCUCGCUGCACGGCGCUAGAGACCCUUGACGUGAGCGGUGGGACGAUAAACCAACUGCCGGACGGGUUGUCUAUGCUCACCAGGCUCAGGGUUCUCCGAGCCCAAGAUAACGGGCUUAGGGCGAUACCCCCCGACUUCCAAACGCUGACAGCGCUCGAGGAGCUUCGCCUGGGCGGAAACCAGCUCAGCAGCCUUCCGGCCUCCCUGAUCACCCUAACGAAGAUGCGAUACGCGGAGCUUUCUCGAAACUCCAUGGAGUCUCCGCCGCCGGUGACGCGGCAGUGGCCCCUGCUGACGCAUCUUGUUCUCUCCAGAAACCCUUUGCGGGGUAGACGUCGACAAUCCCUCCGCUUGCUCCAGGCUGCUCAGCGGGGACACGACGCCAUGCACAGAGGGGAUUGGGAAGAGGCGGCCCGGCUCCUGAACGUGGCAGCGGAGGCCUACAAGGACGUAGUGCACGUCGUGCCCGACUUCCCUGAUGUUGCCGGCGAGGGUCCUCCUCUUGCCAAGACGAGGCCUCACGACACGGACACGUUCCACCACGUCAGUUUGGCCAUGGCGCACCUGCGGGGGGCUAGGAAGGUAGCUAUCGAGAUCGAUGAUAUGACCGGAAAGACGGACGGAGCCUCCGGGGGCAGCGUCGCGGGGAGUUUGAGCUUGCAGAGCGUAGACAUGACGGAGGACUCCUCCAUGGCCACUAGGUCGAUAGACACGGGAGAGCGCGAAGAGCGCCGUCAACAGGAACUGGAACGUGCAUACCUGCGGGAAAAGAGAAACCACCACCACGGAGCCGCUCUAUCAGCCUUCUCUUACGCAGAUCAGCUAGAGCAGCUGUCACGCCCGGUGGGGCGAUCGGCGGGUGUGUGGUUGGGCAGGGCGGCCGUCGCGGCUGAAAUGGGCAAGCCUGGCGUUGCACUGGAUGAUCUGGAACUCGCUUUGGUUCAACUCCGGAAGAACGCAAAGGUCCGGUUUCUGCUUGCCAAGUCAAGGAUAGAGCUGGGUCAGUACCAGCGGGGUUUGACCGACUGUGAGGUGGCUUCACGUCUGUUGGAUUUCGAAGAACGCCUUCUGGGGGAGAGAGAAGCCGAGCAGGAACGUAAGGAUAAAAAAGCGGAGUCGGAUCGCAAGACGAACGAGAGGUUGGCCGUCCGACAGCGCCAAGCAGCGGAGGCAGACGCGGAAGCGAAACGGUUAGAAGAAUCUGCCAUGGCAGACGUGAACGAAGAUAAAGAGGAAGCCGGGGUAGAGGGAAAAAGCUCGAUAGCUGCUUCCAAGGCCGAUAGUUCGUCUCCCGAUGGGACAAGAUCAGACCAAUCAGCAGCCGGCGAUACUGUUGUCACCGCGAUACCAUCGACAGAAGCAGCUGCAGUCGAUUCCCCCGAGGAAGGGAGCAAGCAAGCCGAGGCUUUCGACCUUACCGGAGAUGCAGUCGCGGCUGCCAACAGCACCAAUUCAGCAGGGGAGAUAGAUACCUUGCCGACUAUCACUGAAGAAGAACCCCCCGCUCCGGAAGCAGGAGAGGUUGUUGGCAAUUCAUCCACCUUCGAAGACGAAUUGGACAAAACGGGCGACCAAGGCCAGGCCAUAGACGAGAGGAGUGACGGAGAAAGAAGGGACGGCGGUAGGUCAGAGGCGGAGCCAAGUUCCGAAAACAAGGACCAUAGUACAACAUCACCGACGCAAAUCGGAGAAACCCUGCAGGGAAGCCCGUGGUUAGAAGAAGCCGCGGGGUUGUCGUCGCGAGAAAAAGAACUCCGAGAGGGAGGGAGUCUCGGAAGCGCUUCUGCUGGCACUCCUCCUGACACCGACGGAAAGAGAAAUCGAAGCAACACCGUGAAAGAAAGCUCCGCACGGGUAGAGCUAUCGAAACAAAGAGCAGACAUCGCGCUUCUCGUGGCACAAGCGAAAGAGGGGAUGGCCUAUGUCGCCCAGUCCGUCGACAUGGCCGAUAUUAAGAGGGGAUUCGUGUUCACCCCGUAUGGAGUGCCGAUAAGGGACACCGCUAUCAGACGGGAACUUCUGCGGGACGGGCGGAGCACUCUCCGCACAAGGUCUGAAUUGGAGCGUCAAGAGCAGGGGGUUAGCAGGAAGGGAGUGCAUUGACUUUCCGCCAACGGCUGUAGUCUUCAGACGACAGACCCCGGAACGGAACUGAAAGCGCCUAUCGUUUUUUGGUCGUCGAGAGGGAGGGGGGUGUACUCAUAGUCGUGCAUGCCGUAGUCGUUUGACCAUUGACCUCGCAUCCCUACAAAGCCGGGACGGAGCACGCCGGGUUCUCAC